AUGGUUCUUCCGGUUGACAACCCAACAAAGUCCUACUGGAUCGAGGCAGCCAAGUCCUCUCUGCGAAAUUUCCGCUCUACUGUAGAGCUUCCCAAGGAGACAGAUGUAGUCAUUGUGGGCAGUGGAUAUACAGGUGCAACGACUGCAUACUGGCUCCACAGGUUCACAGAAAGAAAUCAUCGUCAACCUUGUAUGUUGAUGCUGGAAGCAAGGGAUAUCUGCGGAGGUGCAACAGGACGAAAUGGAGGACAGCUAAGACCACAUGCUUACUCUCGCUACCCAAAAUGGUCGGAGAGGUUUGGGCCGGACGGUGCACUAGAAGUUAUCAAGCAUGAGAUGGCACAUCUUUCGGCAUUCAAGGAGCUACUGAAUGAGGAAGGUAUUGCUGAAGAAGCUUGCCUCAAGCUUGGUGAGACCUUCGAUGCAGCAAUGUCGGAGAAAGCCUGGACACGCCUCAAGCAUGCUUAUGAGAUAAUGCUGAAGGACCAUGGGAAAGAGGGCGAUGUGAUAAGAGAUUGUAGAAUUAUUGAAGACCCUCAAGCUGCUAAAAGCUUCACUCAGAUGAAGGGAUGUAUUGGGGCAGUUGUCCAUGCUGCAGGCCAGGUAUGGCCGUACAAGUUUGUCCACGCUUUACUCCGCAUAGUCAUGGAGAAGGCAAGGCUAAAUCUUCAGGCUAACACAGCAGUCGUGGCAGUAUCAGAAAGAGAUGACAACGGUUGGAUUACAGUAAAGACGCCGCGGGGUGAUGUUCGAACCAGGACCGUGGUACAUGCCACCAAUAGAUGGGCCUCGCACCUCCUACCAGAAUUCGGGAACCUUAUUUUUGGGGGUCGAGGAACUUUAGCAAGUAUAAAAGCACUGGAAGGUUUCAUCAAGCACACUGGUGCCCAGCAUUGGGACCACGUUGUCAACAAUUAUCACAUUCAGCUGCCUCCACCUUAUAACGCCAUAAUCGUCGGUGGUGGAAAGUCUUUACUCGUCCAUGACCCACACAGCUAUAUUCUCAACGACAGCGAGGAUCAACAAUUUGUGGGAAUUCCAGAGUUCUACCAGUCCUGGCCGGCGGCAGAUAUCAUUGAUUGGCCUGGGGAGAUCCCUACUAAGCUGAACAGAUGUGUUAACGAAGGCGGUUGCUGGUCUGGAGUUAUGUCAUCAAGUAUUGACGAGUUCCCCUUCAUCGGUGCAGUCCCGAACAACGAUGGACACUUCCUCGCCGCUGGUUUCACAGGACACGGCAUGCCUCGUAUCCUCCUAUCAACUGCGAGUAUUGCACCGCUGAUCCUCGACUCAACUGGCAUGAAAUUCACGCAACCUGCACUCGUGGCAACAUACCCCCCUCUUCCAAAGCCUUUCAAACUUACAAUGAGACGUUUGAAACAGUUGCAACAGGUGGAUGCGAAAGCCAAGUACGAGGCCGCUGUGGAGAAUGAUCUGGAAAGUGCGAAAGAGGCGUUUUGUAAUGAUUUAAGAAGUCGGCCCAAGAGUUCGUGAUGGGAUAUUUCAGUAAACAGAUAAACUUGGAUUGGAAGAAUUCUUAAGAAAAAGAAAUCUGAUGCCGUAGGGCUGUAAAGAAGGAAAUCGAAGUCAGUCUUUUUGAAAAAUUAAUGGUAUUUGGCUUUGGCCCUUCCUACUAUUCG